UCAUACGGCUUGCUACUGCAGCCCUUGGAGAUCGCUGGCGUCAAAGCACACUCAGCACGCUAAACCAUGCACUGCGCCGGGCUAGGUGCAACGCUGACGGGUCGCUCCAAAUGAAGCUAACUCGCCAAGCUUGGGCGGGCUGACGGGGUUCUGUGACGGGACCAACGAACGCCGCCGCCUCAUUUCCAGCUCCUGCGAGGACCCCGUGCUUUCCCACUCAUUUUGUCAAUAAGAAACAAAAAAAUCUGCCAGUCACCGUAGGGCAAUUAAUAUCGGCCUUUUACAUAACACAUCCGCAAACAAGAACUGCCGAAUCAAGAGCGUACGCUAUUCUGCAGCCUUGCAUCACCAUGGCCUAGCGCACCUCUUGCCCCAAACUCUACAGUACCCCCCGUUUCGAUUGCGCGCACUCUGAGAGCCGCCAUAGUCCCAAGCUAGCUGGUAGCCGCCGAUUUGCGCUCAUCGCAAGACGUGCCCCAAACUCCGGCGCCGAAGCUUCCAACAUCAGGCAUCGUCGCCUGCGAGCCGCCGCAGCAUGUCUCUCGAUCCGUCGGUCGUGCGGAAAAAGAACCGCGGCUUUCUCGGCGCCGACAGCUCUGCCCUCACACAGCGGGAUGCAGAGGAUCGGCAUCAGUUACGAUAUGAACUGGAUCUCAACUCGUGGAACCUUCGAAUUUGGGGCGUUGCUGCCUCUGGCUUUCUCACAGACUCAUACAACCUCUUCUCGACAAACGUAAUCCUCGCCUCUGUCGCCUUUGUAUACUGGCCAAACGGUAAAGAAUGGCCCGGACUUAUUAUUAAUCUCUUCACCCUCUUCGGUUCUGUCGUCGGCCAGCUCUCCUUUGGCUUUCUCGCCGACUACUACGGACGGACCCGACUCUACGGCAUUGAGCUUGUUCUCGUUAUUGUCUCUACGAUAGGUGUUGCUACGAGCAGCCACGGAUAUAAUGAUUUAUCGUUUCUUGCCCUAUUUACGUGGUGGCGCUUUGUCAUGGGAGUCGGCAUCGGCGCCGAGUACCCGUUAAGCGCCGUCAUUACGUCGGAAUGGUCCAGCACACAGUCUCGUGGCAGGAUGCUUUCGAGCGUCUUUCUCAUGCAGCCUAUAGGUCAGGCCUUGGCCCAGCUUGUCGGCCUCUGGGUCUUGCUGGGGUUUGAAGAUAUGAAGAAGCUGCAGGCGAUGCGAUGCGGUCUCGACACGAAAUACGAAGAAGAAUGCCGUCAGGCCGUGGACGGAAUAUGGCGAAUUGUCAUCGGUUCGGGCGCCAUUCCAGCUUUACUUGCCAUUAUUUUCCGAUUCUUUCUAUUCGACUGCGGUUUAUACUCUCUCGAAGUUCGAAACAAGCCGGCCGUUGCCCUCUUGAACACCAGAGGCGUCUACGGUGACCCGACGGCCCCGGUACACGGCAACGCAUAUCCAUUACAACCCAACAACUCUGGGCGUCGAGGAUAUACACCCGAUGGCCCUCCACCGAGUGCCCCUGUGCAGUUUUCCAAACAAGAUCUGCACAACUAUUUCAUUCGGGACGGCAACUGGGUAUACCUGCUUGGUACCGCCGCGACCUGGUUCUUUCUCGAUGUAUCUUUCUACGGAAUGUCUCUUGAUAACCGUGGCACAUUAUCCGACAUGUGGGCAACGACUGGCCCAACACCGAUCAACUCGGAUCUCGAGUGCUGGAAUUCCGCUCUACCAGGCGGCAACUCAACCGUUCCAUUAUGGAAGAUCAAUGGGCUUCCAACGUGGCAGACCGACGCCACACACCCUUGUAACACUAUAUACGAUGUUCUCAUUGAACAAACUAAACAGUAUCUACUGACCGUGUCCCUUGCGUCGAUAGCGGGCAGCGCAUGUUUCAUCGUCUUUUCCAACCGCAUCCCACGCCGCAAAUGGCUGACGAUAUCCUUUUUAACAUUGGCAUUUGUGUUUAUGAUUACGGGCGGCGUCUACUACGGAGUGCAUCGAAAGGCCGGGGCGCCUGCCAUUGUGGUGCUCGUUGCCAUUUGUCACUUUUUAUUUAAUUCUGGAGCGAAUACUCUCACUUUUAUUAUACCCGCGGAGAUUUUCCCCACCGCAUAUCGAUGCACAUGCCACGGCAUCUCCGCUGCAGCCGGAAAGCUGGGCUCGAUUGUAGCGGUGCUGGUGGUGUUUGGCAUCAACAAGGCAUACAAGAAUGCAAACCGUCAGGGCCUCAUCUUUCUUUUGUUUGGGUCCGUUGCUAUUGUAGGGGCCUUCUUUAGUUGGGCAUAUCUACCAGACCCCCAGCGUACCAAGGUGAAGGAGGAUGUGGAUUCAGACGGCCACCGAACGGCGCAGACGUACCUGGAAGCCAAGAGCCUGGAAGAGCUGGGCGAAGGACGCAUGAAGGCACGGCUAAUGGGCGAGGGGGUCACAUUUAAGGAGCGUAUGGGUGAGCUGCGAGAGCGCCGGAGUCGCCGCGCCGAUGCGGAGCGAGUGUAGCAUUAUCAUUGGGCGUAAUGGGUUAUUUUGUCAUGUAUAUAAUACGGUCCUUGACGAGUUGUAUGGGCAGAUGUAGGCAUAAUACCAGCAUAAUUUGUAUAUUUC